AUGUCAUCCAGGCGAAAUGGUGAUGAAGCGACGGUUACGAUCAAAAGUAUGGUUGUUGAGAAACGUGUGAAGAACUGUCACGAAUGUUUGUUGGUGUCAAGACCGCCCGACCCAGCACCGAUGACUCGACGUGUUUCACCACAAGGGCCUUGGUUAUGCCUAGCAAUGGAUCUAUUAGGACCAUUACCAAACAAUGAUUUCAUAUUUGUUGUCAUUUAUUAUUAUUCAAGAUACAAAGAGGUAAAAUUUCUAAAGAAAAUUACAUCAAACGAGAUAAUCAAUUUUCUGGAUGAAUUGUUCUCUCGACUGGGCUACCCAAAGUCAGUUACUACAGAUAAGAGUCGUCAGUUUGUCAGUGACGAGUACAGGAGCUAUUGCGCUAACAAAAACAUCGAAAUCGUGACGUCCCCACCCUACUGGCCACAAGCGAAUGGAGAAGUAGAGAAUAUGAAUCGUUCUAUUGUAAAACGCCUGCGAAUAGCUCAUAGUAAUGGAACGGACUAUAAGAAGGAAAUUCAAAAAUUCCUGCUAAUGUACAAUGUCACCCCUCAUGGAAUAACUGGAAAAGCUCCAAGGGAACUGCUUUUCAAUUGA